AUGGCCACUCCCCGCGAAUACCCCGUGGUGCCCCGCGAGAGCACCCUAUCCCAGCUCCCCCCCGAAUCCUCCCUCAACGCCCAAGACCAAAUCUCCGAGCUCCUCUCCACCGCAUCACUUAGUCGUCUCGUCGUACUCGACGAUGACCCAACCGGCACCCAGACAUGCCAUGACAUCGCCGUUCUCACAGUCUGGGACAUCCCGACUCUCCAAGCCGAACUGCAACAACCCUCUCCGGGCUUCUUCAUCCUCACCAACUCGCGCGCCCUGCCUCCCCUGGAGGCCGAGAAGCUAAUCCGCACCAUCUGCGAAAACGUCCAGCAGGCCGCCAACCUCGCUGGAACCACCGUGGACAUUGUCCUACGCGGCGACAGCACUCUCCGCGGACACUUCCCCCUCGAAGCCGACGUCGCGCAGUCCGUCUUCGGUCCCGCGGACGCCAUCAUCCUCGCCCCGUUCUUCUUCCAGGGCGGUCGCCUCACCAUCAACGACAUCCACUACGUCGCCGAAGGAGACAACCUCGUCCCAGCCGGCGCAACCCAGUUCGCCCGCGACGCAACCUUCGGGUUUAAGAGCUCCAACCUCCAUGACUACGUGCUCGAGAAGGCGCCGGGACGGUUCACCCCGGAGCAAAUUCACUCCAUCACCAUCGAGGACAUUAGAGUCAAUGGACCCAGCACCAUCUGCGACAAGCUCCUCGCUUUGCCGAAGGGGAGCGUAGUGAUCGUCAACGCCGCGGCGGAAUCAGACAUGCACGUAUUCGUCGCCGGCUUGCUGAAAGCGAAGUCCCAAUCCCAAAAACACUACCUCUACCGCACAGCCGCCGCCUUCGUCUCCACAUCCCUCGGCAUCCGUCCUCAAGCUCCCCUAACAGCCGCCUCCUUCCCCGAACCCCAAAUCCAGACCGGAACCCUCAUAAUCGCCGGCUCCUACGUCCCCAAAACCACCGCGCAGCUUAACCACCUAAUAACCAAACACGGCCCCACGGGCACAAACACCCUCUCCAUAGUCGAGCUCGACGUCGAAGACAUCAUCGCCACCACCACAUCCUCAUCCUCAUCUCUGGACCCCAUAAUCGACCAAACCGUCUCCUCCGUCGAAUCAUCCCUUCUCUCGGGAAAAGACGCAUUGGUCAUGACAAGUCGCAAACUCAUCACGGGAGGUGACGAACUCUCCAGUCUAGCGAUAGGGGGCCGCGUGGCGGAGGCGUUGGUGGAGGUGCUGAAGCGGGUGAAGGUGCGGCCGAGGGUUGUUAUUGCCAAGGGCGGCAUUACUUCGUCUGAUGCGGCGACGAAGGGGUUGGGGAUUAAGCGCGCGAUGAUUCUGGGGCAGGCGGCGCCUGGGGUGCCGCUUUGGAGGUGUGAUGAGGAGACGGCCAGGCAUAGGGGUGUGCCGUUUGUGGUUUUUCCGGGGAAUGUGGGAGGGGUAGAGACGUUGGGGGAGAUUGUUGAGGGGUGGAGGUGA